UUUGUUUCAAUAAAAAAAAUGAUUGAAAAUACAAGAAUAGGAAGUUUUGCGUGAUCAACUCCUCCCAAAUUUAUCGAUCCCUAGAAUUUAUCGGGUACCAAAUGAAAUUGUAACCUCAUAUACCGGGUACCCUAGAAUUUAGUAAAUUCACACAGCAAGAAAACAAAAGAAAAGAUGACGGUCGAAGAUAUAGGAAUGAAAGCUGAGGAGUCUGCAGUUGCCGAGGUUGCCAAGCUCUUGUCGCUUCCUCACCUUUUGCUAUCCACUUCUUCAAUCAAGGCGGAUUAUAUUGCUCGCCAACAGGCGAAUGAUGCACAACUUAGCACCAUGGUUGCGGAACAGGUUGAACAGGCACAAGCUGUACUAAAAGCACUUGCUUCAUCUGAUAAUAUUGUAAAUCAGCUCUGUGAGAACAUUGCUUGUAUUGAGAGGUUAUGUCAAGAAUGCAAAACGUUUAUUGAUAAUCAUGACCAGAUCACGCUUCUUCUUAGCAAUGCACGAAAUAACUUAAGCACCACAUUGAAGGAUGUAGAGGGGUUGAUGUCAAUUUCCGUGGAAGCUGCUGCUGCAGCACAUGAUUCUUUAAGUGAUGAUAAAGAGCUCAUCAACACAUAUGAGAGGUUAACAUCUCUUGAUGGAAAGCGGAGGUUUGCAUUAGCGGCUGCAGCAGGAUCCCAUAAAGAGGAGGUUCAUAGACUAAGGGAAUAUUUUGAAGAGGUGGAUCGGACCUGGGAGACGUUUGAGCAGACGUUAUGGUCACAUAUUUCCAACUUUUUCGAACUUGCUAAAGAAAGCCCACAAACACUUGUACGUGCUUUAAGUAUUUUCUAUCACACUUGUAGGAUUGUUGAAAUGCAAGAGAUUCUUGAUGAACAAGUUGCUGAGGCGGAAGUUGGUGGUGCAACGGCAUCAGUAGCAAUGGCUGGCAAGUACGUGUAUCGAAAAGGCUACAAAGACAAAUGCUAUGAGCAUAUAACAAAAGCUGUUGAAAAAACAUUUAGCAAACUCUUAUCAGAACAUGUGUUUGAAAACCUUCAAGGUGCAAUAGAGGAGGCCAAAAAGAUCGGGGAAGAGCUCGGAGACAUAUACGAUUUUGUGGCUCCUUGUUUUCCUCCAAGGUAUGAAAUAUUCCAGCUCAUGGUGAAUCUGUACACAGAGAGGUUUGUUCAGUGGCUAAGACUACUAAGUGGGCGUGCUAACGAUAUUACAAAUAUGGAAAUCUUAAAGGUAACUUGGUUGGUGGUUGAGUACGAAGAUAGCCUGAUUGCACUUGGAGUUGAUGAGUCAUUAGCACAAGUUUGUUCGGAAAGUGGUGCAAUGGAUCCUCUAAUGGAUACAUAUGUUGAGAGAAUGCAAGCAACAACAAUGUUUAGUCCAAAGAGAUGGUGUUUGAAUAUACUUGAAGCUGAUAAAGUACAACCACCGAAAACGACAGACAAAGGGAAGCUUUAUACUCCAGCUGCUGUUGACUUGUUUAGAAUCCUUGAAGAACAAGUGCAGAUUGUUAAAGAAAAUAGCACAGAAGUCAUGUUAUACAGAAUUGCUUUAUCCGUCAUUCGGGUAAUGAUUGAUUUUCAAGCAACUGAAAGAAAGAGACUGGAAGAACUCGCUUCCGAAUUCGAUUUGGAGCUAAUAUGUGCCAUGAUAAACAAUAAUCUACGAUGUUAUGAUCUUGCUAUGGAGUUUGCUUCUAGCACUAUUGGUGCUCUUACGCAGCAGGUGAAUUUUGAAGAUGCUUGUAAAGGCUUUCUGGAGGUUGUAAAGGAAGGUGUACAUCAAACUGUCAUUGUCAUAUUUGAGGAUACAUGCGUGCAGCGAUUACUGGUCAAACUUUAUCAUAAGGAAUGGAGCGAAGGGCGAGUUACUGAAUCCCUAGUGAAAACAUUUUUUGAUUAUUUUUCGGAUGUGAAUAUGUAUAUCGAAGAACGAGCACUUAGGCGAUUUUUCGAUUCUUUUCUGGAACAAACGGCCAUUGUUUAUGUUGACCGUCUUCUGUCUCAGAAAAAAUGCAUCAAGGUUGAGACAAUUGAACGGAUGAGACGUGAUGAAGAGGUUCUUAUGAAUUUCUUCACGCAGUACUUAAGUGUUAGUAAAGUUGAAAACAGACUUAGGAUUCUAAUUGAUUUGAGAGAGCUGGCAUCGGCUGAGAGCCUCGAUACUUUUACUCUUGUUUACACACGUAUCCUUGAACAUCAACCUGAUUGUCCGCCCGAUGUUGUUGAAAAACUUGUUGGACUGCGUGAAGGGAUACCACGUAAAGAUGCAAAGGAGGUAUGUAUGGUUAGCGAAUCUAGAGGAGGUUUAUGCAUUAAAGUUGCACAUUGGGCUACUUUUGACGUAAAUCUACCAUUCUCGUCGCAAAACCAGGUUGUACAAGAAUGCAAAGAAAUAUAUGAGAAUUCUCUCAUUGAUGGAAAUCCCCCGAGGGCGGGUUUUGUCUUCUCCAAGUUGAAGUCACUGACCACAUCAAAUAUAUGGCGGCGAAAGCUGCAUUAGUUCGGUUAACUCCGCGAUUAUUGGAAAUCCAGUUAGUAUUCAUGCUUAUAUUUUGCUUAAAUCUCCUUUCCUUCUUAUUGUUAUUAACACCGGUAUGUUAUUUUCUUAUCUUGUUUAUACUCUAAAUUUGUUUUUUUUUUUCCUUCUAAAUAUUCUGUUUUAGUUCA